AUGGAAAACUUGAGAAAAUCUCCGUUGAAGCCAUGGAAGAAAGGCCCUACGAGAGGCAAAGGCGGCCCUCAGAACGCCUCGUGUGAGUAUCGAGGCGUUCGACAAAGAACUUGGGGCAAAUGGGUUGCCGAGAUCAGAGAGCCAAAGAAGAGAACCAGGCUCUGGUUAGGCUCAUUUGCCACGGCCGAAGAAGCUGCCAUGGCGUAUGAUGAGGCUGCCAGGAGACUCUACGGCCCUGAUGCUUUUCUCAAUCUUCCCCACCUGCAGUCCAACUCUUCCAACCCUUUACUCAAGUCUCAAAAGUUCAAGUGGUUCCCUUCCCAGAAUUUCAUUUCCAUGUUUCCUCCUUGUGGAAUGCUCAAUAUCAAUGCCCAACCGAGUGUUCAUGUCAUUCAUCAGAGGCUCCAGGAGCUUAAGCAAAAUGGGGUGUUUGGUCAAACCACUCCUUCCUCUAGUUCGUCUUCCUGUGAUUCAAAACCUGAGGCUCACAUCACAAUAGGCAACACUCAGAAAGAACAUGUAGAAGAGAAUAAGGAGAAAGACGUAGAGAUUACAUCGGAGAAAAUUGUGGUAGGACAGGAGGAGAAGCCACAGAUUGAUCUCAAUGAGUUUCUUCAGCAGCUAGGUGUGCUCAAGAAAGAGAGACAAGUAGAAGAAUCAGACACGACCACAGGAAGUUUCGCAGCUCCAGAAUCUUCCAUUACAGACACCAGUGACGAUCUCGGACCUUUCGCUGACAAGAACUUCAACUGGGAUGCACUGAUUGAGAUGCAUGCAAUGGAAAAUCAAGGAGCAGAAGCUGGUACUUUUCAAGUUUAUGAUGUGAACGAAGAGCUGUCCUUCCCCACUUCCAUUUGGAACUUCUGA